UGUCAGCCUUUCUCAGACAGGACAAGUUUUUCAUCUGCUCUGAAAUACCAGGCCCCCAAAGAGUCCCAGGACCCAUCUGAGUCCCAUCCCUUUGGAGUAGCUGCUUCAAACUAGGAAGCACCCAGCUCUUGUGGUCAAGGGAAUGAUGGAGGAUGGAGCCAAUCUGCAAGAGCAGGAGAGACCCAGCCUUCGUCUGGAAAAGCUACAGCACUGGGCAAGGCACAAGCAAAAUGGACAGCUUUUGGUGCUGGCGGUGACCCAGAUAUGGCUGGCAAUAGCUGUGGUACCCUUUGCUGUCUCAGUCGCCUGCCUGAACUCUGCUUGUCACAUGGCCACAGCACUGCCACUUGGGUCUGGAGUCUCAGGUCUCCUAACUGGGACUGUCACCCUUGAGCUUCGCAGAGCACCCCGCCUCUGGAAGGUACGGGCCAUGAUGAUAUUCAACACCUUCAACCUGAUCUUGGGCUUCAUUGCGGUGGUGGUCGAGGUGAUGAAGACAGCUUUGGGGCCUUCUCCGACAGCUUCCUCCCAGCUGGUGGGCUUGCUGGUGCUGGAGCUCAGCGCUGAGGUCUUCACCCUAGGGGGUGUGCUGUCCUCCACAUAUGCCCUAUUCUUGCUGAGCCAAAGGAAGCCAGGAUGCUUCAGGAGCCAGAGUCUGCACUACCAGGAACUGCAAGAGGGCCUCUCUGAGGUCGAAGAGGUUCCUGGUUUGGAAAAUGGUACUAUGGUGGCCAGCACAGGAAACCGAAAUGAGUGAACUGCGAGAGCAAGGGGAGGCAGACAGGAUCUACAGCCCUUCUCUCCUGAGGGAGCACCCUCCAGAUUGCCCCGCAUGCCACCCCAGCAAACUCAGAAGAUUCUGGUCUGGUCCACUCUAACAGAGCCUACAAGUCCCAGGAUGCCCCGCUACCCCGUGACCUUCUGGGAAAUAAAGAG